AGAGAAGGGGAUGGAGGGAGUGAGACAGAAGUUGGAUGUGGACAAAGACAGGGACAGAGACAGAAGAAGAGAGAAGGGAUGAAGUGAAGGAAGGACGGAAAGAGGGCGGAAGGGGCUCGAACAAAAAAUGGACAUCAGGCAUGAAAGCUGUGCUCUGAAACGAUUACGGGACGUCCAGUUAAAGAGGCAAUAAAGACGAAGACACAGAGAGAGACAAGCGAGGAGAGAGGAUGCAGCACAGAAUACUAACAUGGCGUCUUUCCAGUGUGGAGGAUGAACUAUCCUAAAUCUUCAAACACAGGGUUAGACGGGAAAGAAAUAUGUAUAAAGAAACAGAAGUAAGAAGUUCAGAUGAUGUCUUUAGCUUCUGUUCUCUGGUGUCGACGGCUAACGGGAGAUAUUAAGCAGGAAAGACAGGGUGCGGGUCAGAAGACGCUCCAACGAUGGGAAGCCAAGUAAAAAAAUCAAAUUCCUGCCACUUUGGUUGGAUCUAGGAUGGUUUGGAUGCAAUUUCUACAAAGGUGUCUUCUUGACAAUCAUAGCUUUGGAGAGAAAAGGAAGACUGUUGGUCUGUGUUGACUUUGGGACCAAAUGAAAACAUCUGGAAGGACAACCAACCAUUUCAGCCUUCUGGUGUGCCGCUUACGGAGCAGCACCACAUUUCAUCAUUUCUACAGUUUCUGUCAGGAUUUGUUAUGAAUCCAUUUGAAUGGUCGUCAGUUUGAACAGAUGAUUAUGGACGAGGACAAUGGCAGUUAUGAAAACAGAGGGAGAUUAUAUUUACUCUACAAGCUCUGUAGAGUUGUGCAUCCGUACAACUCCGUCUACAGAAAUAGAAUAGGGCAACAGCAAUGAUUAUUAUCCAAUGUUUUCCACAUCUGCCUACAGCAACUUUUCUUCAUUGCUGUUUUUUAACAUGGAGCAUUUUUUAAAGAACUGAUUCUUACCAGGAAUUUGUCAUCAGAGAAUCUGUAUCUGUAAAACUUUUCCUCGAGGUAAACCUCUCUGGACCAAGAUCUUAGUAUAGAAACUUUCAUAUUUAAAGAAAAGAGGCUUCCUGUACCGACAGCAACUUUGGUCAAACUUGGGAUUCCUGAUGUCUUCUUGUCAUUAAAAUACAUUUUUCACAAAGUUUUGGAUCUUUACCAGUAAACUAUUCAGAUUUCUGUUACGUCUCUUGCAGGAUUUUCUGAAGUCUGUGGAUCCGAGUUGGAAAGCUGUUUUUAUUUCAUAUUAUUUCUGAGAUUUCUACAUCUGCCAGAGACUGCUCUGUAUCAUCAAAUGGAUGCUGGACAUCCACUUGAUGAUACAUCUCCUUUUAACCAGAAAUAUGCCUUUUGAUCACCUGCACCGUCUCAUUAUAGUGUAAGGAUUUUAUUUUGAAAUCCCUUUAUAAUUGGGUAAAAUACGUCCUCACUUUGAAUUAAACAUCUACAACCAGGCCGGGAUUGUUUGCAGGAUGGGACUCAGCUGCUUUAAGUCAUGGAAAUAUGACAGCACAGGUCACAAAGGCAACAGAGAUGUGCUGGCCAGCCCAGGCUCCUAUUUCUUCCUAUCUAACAGUGCAGGUCAAGGUGAUGAGUGGCUGAAGAGCCUAAACAAGGGAGUCUGGAUCCCUUUUACAGGAGUCUUUGGGCAACGUCUGGAGGAGACAGUGCUGUACGAGCGUCGGUAUGGGAUGCGCUUGGUUCCUCUGGUGGUGGAGCAGUGUGUCACCUUUAUCCGUGAACGGGGUCUGCACGAGGUGGGCUUGUUUCGCCAGCCUGGACGCACCAGUCUGGUGAAAGAGCUGCAGGAGGCUUUUGAUUCUGGUGAAAGGCCAUCCUUCGACAGCAACACAGACGUCCACACAGUAGCAUCAGUGCUGAAGCUCUACCUCAGGCAGCUACCAGAACCUCUGGUUCCUUACAGCCAUUACCAGGACUUCCUGCUCUGCGGUCAGAAGCUGUUAAGUGACCGUACAGUGGGUCUGGAGGAGCUGAGGAAUCAUCUUCACGAGUUACCUGUAGCAAACUUCAACCUUCUCGACUUUAUCUGCCAGUUUUUAAAUGAGGUUCAGAGCUGCUCCAGCAGUAACAAGAUGAACGUUCAGAAUUUGGCAACUGUGUUCGGGCCAAAUAUCCUUCGAGUCAAAGCUGAAGACCCGCAAAGCAUCAUGGGAGGUGCAAAACUGGUCAAGGUGAUCAUGUUAGAGCUGAUCAAAGAACAUGAAUCACUGUUUGCCAAGUUUCUUCCUUCUGUCGCCGCUCAACCUUUUGGAAGUUCACAUGCAUCCCCUUUGAGGCAGCCUCAUCUCCAGCCAAUGCCCUGCCUUCGUCAGCUGUCUUUGCCUCUUAUUGCAGACCACUCUAGUGAGUCAGGACAUGCAGCCGAGCACGCAGACCACCCCAGCUGUAUCUUCUCUGCUGGCGGUGAAUCAGACUUGCUCUCUGGGCAGAAAAGACACCUCGGUCAUCGCUACACCUCCUCCCAGCCAGAGAACUGCUUCUUCCCCUUGCCUUCCUCCACUGAGUCCAUCAAACCCCAUGCUGUUGGCCACAGAGGAGAUUAUAACAAGUACCAUAAUGGCCAAGGGUCAUCUUCUGCAAAUGCUCAAGCAGCAACAACAAACUCUGAGUUACAAGGUGGAAGCUCGAGGCAGGGGAUGGUCCUGGGAUGGGAUGAAGGAUGGCCACACCCAGAGAAUACAUCCUCUGCUUACUGGAGCGUUAAAAGGGCAGAGGAAGAGGGUGAUGUUCAGGAAGUGGCCAGUAGGAGCAGCAGUCAGGCACAAGAGGAUAGUACGCCUUCUGCCUACGACAACCUGGACAGAACCUCUCUGUCUCACGCCAUGCAGAAUGUUCCCAUGGAGAAGUCUGGUUCGCCUGCUCCAGGAACAAAUGCUGAAAUGUGUGAAGCAGGGGUAGAUCAAGGACUGGGUAAGGAAGGAGAAUCCUCUUCCUCAUGGUCUUCCUGUGAAGUUCUUCCAUUAGAUGAGAACAACGAUGAUCUGGGGGCAGAUAGUCCUUAUAUUCCACCAAAGAGAUCCAAAAUGUUGCCUUUGGGUCAGAAAAGAAAAAGGGAAAGCCAUGAUAAAGAUGAUCAUGAAGAUCAUGUUGACACUCACCAUCCCAGCUCCUGGGCUUCCUGUUCUGUCAUCAGCUUCAGCCCGCUCAGCACGGGGAGCUCUGAGGUUUUCCUCCCUUCAGGACCUCCACCUCUUCAGCUUCAAGAGUCUCACUUAGAGAUGAGGGAGAAUCAUCCACUGGUGGCCAAACUAAGGCAGCAAAUGGCUCAGCAAAAGGCAGAGUACCAGAGCAGGAUUGAGAGGUAA